ACCAGAUUGUCUAAAACAAUGACUUCAUAUACGGACAAAGGAGAAAAGCAUGAACAAGGUCGCUUCCUAAGUUUUCACUCAAUAACACUAUGGGUGAGCAAUGCAAAACAGGCAGCAUCAUUUUAUUGCAAUAAAUUGGGAUUUGAACCAUGGGCAUACAAAGGCCUAGAGACAGGCUCCCGGGAUCUGGUAUCUCAUGUUGUGAAGCAGGACAAGAUAAUAUUUAUAUUUGUAUCUGCACUUACCCCAGGCAAUGAAGAAUUUGGAGCCCAUUUGCAGAAGCAUGGUGAUGGUGUGAAAGAUGUGGCCUUCGAAGUAGAGGACUGUGACUUUCUUGUGCAGAAAGCAAGGGAGCACGGAGCUCUGAUCGUGAAGGAACCAUGGAUUGAAGAAGACAAAUAUGGCAAAGUGAAGUUUGCAGUUAUUCAAACGUAUGGAGAUACAACACAUACUCUGGUAGAGAAACUGGACUAUACUGGCAUAUUCCUACCCGGCUUUGAACCUCCUUUGUUUAGAGAUCCGCUUCUUCCAAAAUUACCCUGUUGCAAAUUACAUUUCAUAGACCAUGUUGUGGGAAAUCAACCAGAUGGUGAUAUGGUUCCAGUUACUGAAUGGUACCAGAAAACCCUCCUGUUUCAUCGCUUCUGGUCAGUGGAUGACAAGCAGCUUCACACAGACUUUAGCGCUCUCCGCUCUAUUGUGGUUGCCAAUUAUGAAGAGACCAUCAAAAUGCCAAUAAAUGAACCUGCCCCGGGGAAAAGAAAGUCCCAAAUUCAGGAAUAUGUGGAUUACUAUGGUGGCCCAGGCGUGCAACACAUUGCCCUAAAUAGUUCUGACAUAAUUGCAGCUAUUACCAGUUUAAAAGAAAGAGGCAUGGAGUUUAUGUCUGUUCCAUCCACUUAUUAUCAAACGCUAAGAGAGAACCUGAAAGUGGCCAAGAUCCAAGUGAAGGAGAAUAUUGAUAAGCUGGAGGAACUGAAGAUUUUGGUGGAUUACGACGAGAAAGGUUAUUUGCUGCAGAUCUUCACCAAACCAGUUCAGGACAGACCAACUCUGUUUCUGGAGGUUAUCCAACGACACAAUCACCAGGGCUUCGGAGCUGGAAAUUUUAGGUCAUUGUUUCAAGCCAUUGAAGAAGACCAAGCGGCCCGAGGAAACCUCACAGUCCUGACACCAAAUGGUGACCUGGAAUUUCUCUAAACUUGGAAGUCCAAGAUUUGCUAAACAAGCCCACAUUUUGCAUGGUCUAAUUAUUAAUAAACGAUACAGAGUGGUCCUAAAGCCAACUCUUUUAAUCACUUGGCAGAAAAACUAGAGCUCUCCGACAUUUAAAAAGCAAGGUUUCUAAAAACAUUAGAUAUAUUUCAUUCACUGCUGUAUAAUAUAGAGUCUGCCCCAGUAAAAAAGCAACCCUGCAUUUAAUGAAGGUUUAGUUAAGUAUUAACUAAGUCUGUAGAUCACCGUCCAAUAUUUUAACGGGCUGGAUUUACCUUUCACGUGCAGCAGGUAAAAGAGGCUUAAUGCAUGGUGCGGAGCACACAAUCUCAACAUAUCAGCGCAAAAUAUUAUUCCAUCGUGCUCCCUAUCUUGUAACAAAUGAUUUUGUAAAUAUGGGCCAUAGACCUAAGAACCAGGACCUUGCCGUCACAUACUAACCAAUGCAAUAUAAAUUUAGUAACACAUGUAUUAAUAUAAUAUGAUGCAUGUCAUAUAACAUGUUAACAAUUAAACAUAGAAACACUGCA